AUGACAGGCCCAAUUGAAGAGUCGCACGAGGUGCCCGUUCUCAUCAUUGGAGGCGGACCUGUCGGUCUCACAACCGCUCUCUUACUCGCUCGAUAUGGUAUUGGGAGUAUUAUUGUGGAGCGAUAUCCUGGACGAUUAGGCCAACCAAAGGCUCAUGCAGUCAAUCCUCGCUCCCUCGAGAUCUUACGACAAGCCGGUCUUGACACGGCCCAACUCCGCAAAGUGGCCUCCCGCCCAGUCGAUGCGGGCUUGGUGCGCUUCGGCCUUUCGCCGCUGGGGCUGGAACUUGGAACUCUGCCAUUCGAACGACAAGGGGAGGAAAGCAAAGCAAUUACACCAGAACCCUUAUUCAAUAUUCCCCAACCCGAGCUUGAGGACUGGCUGAUCGAGGUGAUUUCCAAGAACAAGCUCGUCACGCUCAAGCGCGGCGUCCACUGGGAAUCAUGCACUGGCCCACAAGAUGCUUCCUCCAAAGUGGUAUCCCGGAUCAUUGAGAGAGAAACCAAACGCCCCAUCCGAAUCACCAGUAAAUAUCUUUUGGCCUGUGAUGGCGCCCGCUCCGGAGUGAGACAAAAGCUGGAUAUUCCCUUCUCCCCCAUUGCCAAUGGACCCAGCAAGGAGUCCCACCAUCUCACCAUUCACUUCAAAGCGGACCUGACGCAUCUCAAACCGGGCAUCAUCUGGUAUGUCUUUGGGUCUAAGCAACAAGGCGCCUUCCUUGCCUAUGAUCGGUCCAACAGCUGGGUGUAUGUGACGAACUGGAAUGGGGAUGAAAGCUCGAAGGCACAAAUUACGAACGAUUAUUGCACAAAAAUGAUCAACGAAGCAAUGGGUGAAGAAUUUCCCUUUGAAAUCCUCUCGAUUACGAUGUGGACAACUUAUCCCAGGAUCGCGGAAUUUUAUCAGUCAAAGAUCCAGCCGCAGGCAUUCCUCUUGGGAGAUGCAGCUCAUGCAUUCCCACCAACGGGAGGCCUUGGUGUGAAUACAGGGAUUGCAGACGCCCACAAUCUCGCCUGGAAGAUUAAUGCAGUGGAGAGAGGAUGGUCGGAUCAGCGCCUGCUUAACACUUAUAACGGAGAGAGAAGGCCAGUGGCUCUUGCAAAUGCGCACCAAAGUGCGAAAAAUCAGAAGACAGUCUACAGAUUUUUCUCUGCAAGACCCGACGGUGUGACCGACGACGACCUGAAGCGAAACACUGAAUGGAGAAACCAGUUUGCGGUCGACAUAGAAAAUGAUGCGGAACACUUCGACUCGAUAAACUUGCAACUAGGUUAUAUCUACGGUGGCCAGGCUUGGGAUGAUGUGCCAUGCAAUGUGUUCACCCCAACCUGUGUCCCGGGAAUCCGAUUGCCCCACGCUUGGGUGACCUACCAAGGCCGAACUGGAUCUUCAUUGGACCUUGUCGAUGGUAUGGGAUUUACAGUGCUGGGUUCUGCUGACUGCUUGUCUCUAUCUGGCUCCAGCGUGAUUGAGAGUAAAACUUCUGUUGAGGUGAAGAUUCUACGGCUGGGCCAAGACUUUUUCUGUGAUGACAAAACCUGGCUCAACAUGACAGGCCUUUUGGAUCAGAGCAAAGGAGUAUUGGUUAGGCCAGAUCAGCAUGUUCUUGGCGAGGUCAAAUCUGCACAAGAUGUCCAAGACUUGCUUUCUCGGUUCCUCUCAGGCAACUGA